AUAGGUACCACUUUUCUUGAUGAAGGUUGCAUCAUGUAUCGGGUUCUACGUGGCAGGAUUCUUGAUGUUUUGGAAGCUGGCAAUGGUAGGAUUUCCGUUUGUUAUUUUCCUCGUAAUUCCAGGUCUUAUGUAUGGGAGGGCUCUAAUGGGAAUAGCAAGAAAAAUGAGGGAAGAAUAUGGAAAAGGUGGAACGAUUGUGGAGCAAGCAAUUUCUUCUGUUCGAACAGUUUAUUCAUUCGCGGGAGAAAACAAAAUUUUACAAGAGUACUCUGUUGCUCUUCAAGGAAUAGUAGAUUUGGGAUUAAAACAAGGUUUAGUAAAAGGAUUGGCUAUCGGAAGUAACGGCAUCAUUUAUGCAAACUGGUCCUUAAUGACAUAUUAUGGGAGCAAACUGGUCAUGUAUGAUGGAGCACAUGGUGGCACCAUUUUUGCCGUUGGCAUUGUACUUGCUGUUGGUGGACUGUAAUUAUCUCUACCACUUCUCAUAUUGAUCAUUUAUUCUCCUUUAUGUUCCUAUUGCUUCAUAAGCAAAUUUUUGUUUUUCUUCCAACAGA